AUGGCAUCCAACGGCAGCCGCGGCAUUGACGCCAACGACAAGGACGACCAGGAGAGAUUCGACAUUGUCCUUGCUCCUUACCGCAAGAACAGAAGGCUUCUCCGAGUCAAGAGCCUCCCGUUUGCGGAGACCAGGGUUCGCGUCGAGGCCUUCCUCAAGUCGAAGCUCGCCAAGCCGGACUCUGCCAGCUUCAACUGGCCUCCGUCGAGUGGCCCGUCGGGUCAUGAUGGAGUCGUGUUUCUCUCGUUCAGAGAGCGCAACGACUGUGUCAGGGCCGACCGAGACCUCAAAGGGGUCAUGUACCCAGGACCAAGAGGCCCCCCGCGAGUUGAUCGUCCAGUUAGACAGAGGCAGAACCCUCCCGCCAUCGGGAACAACACUCUCCAUGCAAAUGCGUUCGCCGGCACUGUGGCAACAUCUCGACCACAACUCAGCCUUCCCGCCCCACCCCCGCCCGGCACCACCGCCUAUACAGCAGCACCGAUGCUUCCCUUCGUGUCGGCUGAGCAAUUCCGCCUCGGCACGAUGGAAAGACUGCAGGCUUUUCUUCAGGAUGAGAUGAGGACUACAACCGAUGGCGAUCGCAUGCGGAUGUCGGCAGCCUUCUUCCUCAACGAGAUUCGCAUCAGACGGGAGAGAUAUGGAAACGCUGGCGCUGGCGCUCCUUCUGAUGCUGCUAGCUAA